AUGGAUUCAGAAUGCGAAGAUCCUCAGUUCUGCACGGCUGGCCCAAGAUCUGACUUGAAUGGAAUGACUCUUCCGGACUGGGUUGAUUCGGCUACGAAGGAGAAAUUUGAGAUUAGAUCCCGACUGGCAGUGCUGGCAAGGUCCGCACAAUUCAACCAAAAGCCCUUGAGACCGGAGGAUGUUUUUCUCUACCCCACCGGAAUGGCUGCAAUUAGCGCCGUUGCGCGGAGUCUUGCUCAGUCGGAAGAGGAUUCUGGAGCCGUUGUUUACGGAUGGCCGUAUGCAGGUACUCCCCACAGUGUACGGACGAGCGGCUUCAACCGAUUCACUAUGUAUGGACAUGGUACUACAGAUGAACUGGAUGAGUUGAAGUCCUCGUUGGCCUCGGGAACGAAAAUCACAGUCCUCUUUUGUGAGAUACCGUCGAAUCCCCAGCUCUCCACGCCGGAUCUGCUUCACAUCCGUGAUCUUGCCAACAAGUUUCGCUUUAUUGUUGUGUGUGACGACACGCUUGCGACAUCGGUCAACAUGGACAUUAUGCCUUAUGUCGAUGUGACAGUCACUAGCUUAACGAAAAUAUUCAGUGGAGGAGGCAAUGUGAUGGGAGGAAGCCUCAUGGUCAAUCCAGCCUCCCAGCAUUAUGAUAAGCUUCACUCGCUGUUGAGCAACUCAUAUGAGGACUUAUACUUCCCUCCAGAUGCAAUGACCAUGGCCAAAAAUAGCCGUGACUUUGUAGAGCGGGUGCACAGGUGCAAUGAAAGCACAUUGAGAAUCGCCAACCUACUCACCACUCAUUCCUCGGUGGAAUACGUCAACCACCCAACUACGGUGUCUAGUGCGCCGAUAUAUGAGCGCUAUCGCCGCGAAAAUGGUGGCUACGGGUUCCUCCUCAGCGUGGUUUUUCGAAACCCUGGGAGUGCGGAAGUUUUUUACGACACACUGGAUGUUUGGAAGGGUCCGACAAUCGGCACAAACGCCUCCAUUGCUAUCCCUUACUCUCUCUUGGCGCAUGCCAGGGAAGGCGAUUGGGCUGCCUCUCAUGGCAUUCCGAGACAUAUUGUGCGGCUUAGCGUUGGGCUGGAAGACUUUACGGAUCUGAAGACGCGAGUUAAUAGAGCUCUCCAUCGAGUUGAACAAUGGGAAGAGGAGAGGAAAAGCGCCGAUCCUGAUGGGACAGCGGCCAGUGGAUGUGCGAUCCUAUGA